AUGGCCGCCAGCGCAAGCCAGGCGCUGAGGUCUAUGCGCGAGCGGUCCAUUCGGGUCCUCGUCACGCCGACGCCCUUGACCUUUGCUGAGCGACGCUCCGUCCUGCAGGUGCUCGAACAGCAUGGGCCUGUCGAGGUCUUCAAGAUGACGCCGGGCUUCAACGCCAACUUUAUGUCCGUCACCAAGCACUCAGCCACGGCGAGUCGGCUCGUGGCCAGCAGCCCGCUCACCUACAGCAUCCCCGUCCCCCGCGAAACCACCGAGGUGUCCCUCGCCGGCAUAGACGAGCCUGCACCCUUUGACGCGCAUCCUCCUCUAACAAGCGGGGCGGCCGCAUCGGACCGCGACUCGGUCCCGGACAGCCAGUACAAGGAAUUCAAGCUCAACGUCUUCCCAGAGCCAGACUACCAGCACCGAUUCGCCAUGGCGCCCUCCCCGCUUUGUCAACCCUGGCCACCAGUGUACGAGCAAGACCGGUCCUUCAUGGCGGCGGUCCUGAAGCAGUCCCUGCCUCGCACCAUUGCCGCAAAGGGCCUGGCACACUGGUUCCUGGAUUUCAACAAACCUGCCCAGUCGUAUAAAGCAAGGCGCCUGCAGUUGAAGAGCUGGCUCCCGAGCAAAAUGAAGGGUUGA